CGAAAGAUCACGGUUUGUUUGCGAUCUACGCGGGGCAGCCAAGAGAAAAACUGAAAUCAUCAAGGGCUUGCGAGAGCAACAUCAUGCGUGCGUUAAGGAAGCACGCGACACCGUGCGGAGCGUGCAAAUGUUGGCGGGGUGAAAACAGUGAAUCAUCGCCACUAUAAACUGAGAAACAAAUAGUAGUAGACCAAAGAGGUGAUAAAAACCUCUCGAGACUUUCACCACGGACAGGCAGGGUGUGACAAAAGACGCCUGCUCUCCCGACAACCGUAUCACUAACGAAAUGACACGCAAUCGAUCAUCAUCGGCGUCACUACCGCCACCUCACCAGCACGGCAACGCGAAGAAAGAGGAACGCCAAAAAAAGAAGCAUCAUCCGCAGCGGGGCAGGCAGCGAGCUUACACACCAGAAUACAGAAACACGGAGAAAAGAUAGCUAUUGCAGUACCAUGUGCUACCCGACCGGGGAGGGAGGAGGCUCUUCGGCAAACAUUGCAUACGGCCACCCCAAGCACUGAACGCCAACCGCCCACCACCACCGUACAUCAUCACAAUCUUUCUUUUUCUUGGAAAACAAUGGGCACAUGUACUUUUUGCAUAUUUACAUAUUUUUUUUCGUACCCUCUCUCUUUUUCCCACAACCCCCCUCUUUGCCCAAUCAACCCAUGGCAUAUCUGGUUUGGCGCAGGAUAGCUAAUGAUGGCCAGCUUCUGCUUCAUCCUUUGCGAAACUUAACUUGUAGCCUGGGCCGGCAAAACCCCGGCAUAUCGCUCCUCCAUCCCGGCGUUGUAGGGAUGCGAGGCCAGCGGUCUAACGACUUCGGCACGCGUGAGCGUAAGUACAAACCCCGUCUUUCAGACCGCCGCCUCGAACAACCCUGCAAAUACCGGCGAGGUUCUGUCUACCAAGGGCCAACGUCGCAUCCAUUUUCCGUGUCUGUCUCUCCGAUGCUUGUGGUCUCGGGUAGCAUAUAAGGUCGACACCAUGGGGCGUUGGUUUGAUGUUUUGAUGCGCUGACAACCCGAUCGUCCAGUCUAUCUACGAUACCUAUUUUCGUCCCCCGUUGGCCUUAAAAGUCUCAGCAGCAUCGAAAUCUCCCGCAGGCUCGCCACACAACAAACAACACGAAAAAACAAUCAAUCAUCAUCUGCUGUGCACACAGCGCACGGCCCGGGUUCUUCGGUACGUCAUGAUGCACACAAAAAAAAAGAAAAAAAAACGGUACAACGCUGACCACGUGUGUGCAUCGAAAAGGAAG